GGGUACUGGAGUAGCUAGCUUGACUCCGGGCUGUUUCAUUAUGGUAGCUGUCCCAUGUAGCGGCUCGUAAAGCAGGAAUCCAGACGGGGUUAUCAGCAGCAGACACUGCAGAGUUACAGGGUGAUAUCUCCGGCCAUAUAUCACCUCCAGCACUCGGAGCGCCAUCCACACCUCCAUCCAGACCGUCGAGAGGAGUCAGGUAAACCGACCCCUAUGCCUAAGUGCCCGCCUGUCAUAUUCAGCUCCCCUUAUAAACGAUUGUGAGAGAAUUUAUCCUCGAAAUGAGAAUUAAGAACUCGAACGCUGCAUUCUCCGGUUUCUUCACCUCUCACCGUUCACAGCAAUCUUCAAUAUGCUGCUGAAAAAAUUUAAGUGAAAUUUAGAAGUGUUUUAUUGAGGCCUGUAAUCAAUUCUUAGCCUAACAGUCUGGUUGAGCUCAGCAGGUCGAUUUUAUUAGAGGGUAGUGAUGGGCUGUAUGUGAACGAGUCUGUUCUAAAAAAUGACUCCUUCUCGCAUGCUGAGAAUUUGGAUUGUUUCUUCUUUAAUUGAUGUUACCUUUUUUGAAAAGGCUUUAAAUGGCUUCCCAGUUUAAUUUUUUUGAUGGAAUAGCACAUAAAAACAUAUAAUGACAAUAUAUGAUUCAGUUAACAUAUUAUGUGUUUGUUUUUCUCCUUGGCAUCCUGAUUAUUCAUUUUUAUAUACCCUACUUCUAAAUCAUCAAUAUGACCAGAGUUUAUAGUGUCUCAAAGAUGAAGUCAUUUUUUUUCUUGUUGCUAAUCAAAUUCAUAUUCGCUAUAAUGACUUAAGGGCUAUAGUGUCAAACAGAAUGUUAAACAUGGUAGAUUAAUAUAGCUUUGGACAAUUUCAAUGUGUGAAUCAAAAGGUACACACUCAGGAAAACAUACUGUGUAUUGCCUUCUAACCAGAGCAGUAGAUUAAAACAGAGUGGCGACACUCCCAUAGACAUACGCUGUACAGCCCGGCGGACCCCACUUCCGGGUUAUGGAACUCGUAAUAGUUCCAACAUGACCGCCUGUCACGUCGGAUGCCGUUAGCUUCUAUGGCCACAAGGCAAGCACUCACCGAGGUUAAAUGAUAAAAUAUCAACAAGUUUAAUGCCAAUACGUGUGUUAUUGAUAUCGAGGGGACCCCUUUAUAUGUAAAAAUGUAUAUCCCAAAUGUAAUUACGUUAUUUUAGUCAGGAAUUGGGAUCGAUUUUUUAGCCACGGUUUGCUCCCACACUCCCCGAGGUAAAAUAUUGUAUCAACGAAUGUAAUGCCAAUACGUGUGUAAAUGGUAUCGAGGGACCCCUUUAUAUGUAAAAUGAUUUUAAUUUUAGUAUGCUCAAAUUGUAAUUACAAAUGUAAUUACGUUUUUUUAGUAAGGAAUUGGGAUCGAUUUUUUAGCCACGGCCUGCUAGCUGGACGUCGUCAGCUGUAGAGGCCUGCCAAAAUUUAUUGUGUGACUGAGUUAUGAAUCACAGAUAAAUCAUCAUCAUCAAUCAUAUGUUGAGAUGGUUACUUAUGGGCUUUAUUCUAGAUUUCAGCCUUUAUCAGUUCCCGAUGUUAUAUGCAGUUUAUUAUUUUUUGACUAACAUAAGUGCUAUGUAAUUUGAUUUCUGCUUAUGAUGAUAGAGUUAAGGGGCCGCUACUUUUUAAAUCCUGUCAGCAUUUAAGGCGUAUGUUUAACAUGGAAAAAUGUUAUGCAGGCCAUGCUGCAAGACCAAAACCAUUGCACAAUUGUUUAAACAGCUUGUAACACCUGUUACUUACCACUUUAUUGUAUUAUUUUCUCUUAUUAAAAAGUAACACGUGUUACCAAACUUGUCUUAUUUCACUUUUAUUUGUCAUCCAGCCGCUAAAUAUACGUACGUGACUUUGACGUGCACACAGUAAUCCAAUAAGAGUUGCAAAUGUUGACUUUUUACGGUUAAUUUUAAUAUUUACCUCUUAAAUGCGCGCUCACUGCAGUCUGCCCCGUUGAAGAGCAUGGACAGUGCAGGCUGCGUUUGGAACUAUGGAGGGGUACAUGAACCACGUGACCGCUCCGGCGGCGAGAUCUGAAGUUGUCGCCACUCUGUUUUAAUCUACUGCUCUGCUUCUAACAACACAUCUGCACUCUGUUGAAAUGGACUUGAACUCCCAGAUGUACAUGGUUUCUGCCAAAUGAAAUUUAAGCACACUAACAACUGCAUCUUUUAACUGAAUAAUGAUUACCAAAAGUAAUAGAUAAUGGAAUGCAAUAAAUAAGUCCUAACAAAUGAAUCUUAUUAUUAAGCUCAGCCAAAUGGUCCUACUCACUGAACGGGGCUGAAAUCCCCCUAAACCAAGCGGUGAUUACCAGCGGCUACCAGCCGUCAUGGCUACUGUACACAUCCCACAAAGCCAGCAGGUAGGCCUAGAGCUGACUUUAGAGGGGGCUGAAAAAAGGUAGUAUUGUUCCACAUAGAUGCUUUUCUUUCUUUGUGACAUUACAUAGCUGUUGUAGUACUUUUGUAUGGUGCAGUGUAUUUAAAAUGUUUCUUUAAAGGUCAUAUAAUACCUCCACAGGGACUGUUCAUACUGCUGCUGCUCCCCUACCCUCCUCUGAUGUCGUGUAUCUGCAGCAUCCAUCAUCUCAACGUCCCCACUAAGACCGUGAUGGAGGGAUUCAAGCCCCCUAAUGUGCUGGUACCAUGCUAAGGAGAUGUUCAAGGGCUUCAGGAUUCCUGAUGACCUUCGCUGAAAACAAUAUUCAAAGUGACUCCAUGCUCCAUUCAUGAGACUCUUAUACUUUCCUGGAAACCUGAAUCCAAUUUAAGGCAAACCUGGAGCUGGUCUGAACUUGAAGUCCUGUUCAGGGGCACUUUUACUGAGGGAAAUGCUGGACUGUUUUCUUCAUCUUUACCUCAAAUUUUCAAGAGGAGGCUGAACUGAUCAGAGUUUUGGCCCAUUAAAGUGAAUAAUAAAUAUUUUCCUCCCCCAUGUCUCAUUUUUAGGCCUCUGUUAGCCUUAACAGACCUGUUCAGCAGGUGUGGUCAGAGUAUUUCGUAGAAUCAUAAAAUUGUUUGUUCAGAAGUCAUCCGUGUAACGAACAGGACCAGUUUGGAUUUUUCUGACACAAUGGUGGCGGUGACCACUGUCACCUUGUGCUUCAGGAUUGCUGGGGUCUAACAGACUUUCUGGUUCCCUGUGGGAAAGAACAGUGGUGGUCCACUUGCACCAUGGAUUACCACAAUGAGUGCUGCCUCUGUGAUCCAGAGGAGGGUCAUAGUGACCCUGAUGAGCCACCGCUCCACAGUAUUCACGCGCCCAACCGGAUCCGCCCAUCAUCAUAUCGAGCCCUGAGGAGUGCUGUGUCCAGCCUGGCUCGCAUUGACGACUUCUUCUGUGAGAAGAUUGGAUCAGGCUUCUUCUCAGAGGUCUUCAAGGUAUGUAGAGGCUCUCUGUUGUUUAAAGGAACCUCCCAGGCUCCAUUUAGUGGCAGUGUAACCUGCAGGAUUUUUGACCCCCAUUAUGCUGAUAUUUUCAUACUUAUUUGAAACAGCUGCUGAGUAGUCUUACAUCAACUUUAAAGUUUAAGUUUUAUAUCAAUUUAAAAAUCAGGAAUGAAAAUUAUUUAAAUGUGUUUUUGUUGUUUUGCACUCAGAUAUUAUUCAUUACUUUGCUUAUUGAGUCCUGACAUAGAGUGACAUGGGGAAUUUUAACAACUUUUUUACUUUUCUCAAUGAACUGACAACCUCCAGUAUCAAAAAAGGUGGGUCAUAUCAGUGAUAUCAAAUCUCUUUUACCCUCCCUAUAGUGGAAAUGGUACAAAGCUAUGAUACCAAAAGUUGAAACUAUGAUAGUUUCACUGUGGCAAAAAAGAGUAAUGAUAACAAUGUUAUUGGGAUGUUUGUGGAAAACUUCAGAAAUUGUCAAAGUAAGGGAAGAUAAGGCAAAAGUGGAGCAACAAGUGACUUGAUGAAAGGUAACCAAUUAUCGCAGAGUUGACGUACUGUCUCAUCCAUGUCAUCCACCCUAUGACAUAUGUCUACUCUUGCAUUUUAUUCUAUGGUACAGAUGCUACACAAACAAAAUCCUAAAACUCCAUAUCUGAUGACUAAACUGUUUGGGUGCAGGUAGAGCACCUCCCUUUCAAAGCACCUCCUUUUCAGCAUCUCCUCUGGUAUGACUUGCCCUGCAGCAGGUUACUGAUUCCUCCACUACUGUCUCCUCUUCAGACGGAUGACUAUCCUCAGUACUUGGAAAAUGCAACAGUGAUGCGGUUUCAUUUAGGUGAGGAGUGUCAUCGAGGUUUAGGGGGAAUCCUCCUUAUUGUUUUAUUUUCUUUUGGUUUGAUAUCACAGUUAGAUGUAUGGUUUGUAUCUGUUGUUUGCAUGCAAGGGUGGAAACCAAAGGCAAGUCAAAAUGAGUAUGGAGCAACUGAACCUUAUGCAAGGUGGAGCGUUGUAUGGAAAAGGGAAGAUUAAGAAGGUGAAGACCUGUUCCUUCAGAAGUUACCGGAGUUACUUUGUGUGAAUGGCCUUGUUUUCAUAUGAAGCUCUCCCCAAUAAUGUAACAAAAGGUUAUUUUGUUGAGUGCAGUGUAUAUCAAGUCUGAACCUCUCCUUUUACACAAGUCGCACAAAGCUACUAAUCAGUUAGUGCUCCACAUCUUCUCUGCUAGUGGAAAUCUUUAGUUUGUUUGUGUGGAUAGAUAAUGCAGAGAAGGAGCUUAUGUCACUAUUACCAUAUUUUUCGGGCAGUAAGGCACACCAGAUUAUACGGUGCACUGUGAAUUAAUGUGCCUAUUAAUUAAUGUUCACACAUAAGGUGCACCGGAAGGUAAGGUGGAUUAAACACUGGUGCAUUGUUGCUAGUGUGUACUCGGGGCCUGGGCUGCCUUACAUGAAUGCACUUCUACUUUAGACAUUACAGUCAGAGUCUUGUAGAGUUCUCAGGGGUCCUGUUACAGGCCAAUCAGGUAGUGACAGAGCGUACCGUAACGCUCAGAAUAUCCAUUGAGCGGCUUUAUUGUUUACCAAAGUCGUACUUACACAUCUUAACAGAUUUUUGAGUGCAUUGUACCGCAUAAAAUCAGUCAGUAAGCACAACAAGAAUUCAUACGUAAGGCACCCUGGAUUACAAGGGGCACUGUCAAUUUUUGUGAAAAUUUAAGGAUUUUAAGUGCGCCUUAUAGUCCGAAAAAUACGGUACUUUAACACAAUAACCUGUUAUGUUCACUCAUUAAUUCUGAAGACAUCUUUAAAAAGGAAAACUUUACCAACUAUAAGAAAUCAGAGAAGGAGUUCAAGCUCAUUUCUAAACUAUGGCAUUGUUUCUGUUGUCUGGACGGGCAAAUGCCAACUUAGAGGUAAUUGUGAGGUCUAUGUCUGGACUUCAUUGACCCUCUGCAGGACCCUCUCUCUUUCCUUUCCAGGGGUCUUGUGAAUUUGUUAGUAGAUAUCAUGGCUCUAAAGGUUGUGGGAAUUGUCAGAUUCUGUCAAAUCUUCCCCUCACACUUCCUUAUCCGAUCUGCCCAUGUUUCUGUAAAGUCCUUUCUCCUGGCAUAUACAUUUUCAACAUCAUGUUCUGGCAGCUGAUGAACCCUCAGAAUAUUUCACCAAAACUGCUGGGCUGCUUUAAAUGAAGGCCUUUGAAAAAUGAAUUUCUGUAAGCUGUUGCACCAGCUUUGUGAAAGUUCUGUCUGUUGUACCUUUGAGAUGUAUAGUUCAUUUUCAGAAUGUAAUGUCUGUAACUGACCAAGAUAUAGUCACAGACAGGAUUUAAAGACUUCCAGUAGCUAAUCAGAGUUUUUUUUUCAUUUCGUAUUUAACUGCCCAGUUUCCCUCCCUGUCUGUCAGACUCACCUUCACAGGAUGAAAUAUUUCACUCUGUUUGAAUCUAAUUUUGUAUUGAGGUCAUUCUGGCAUGUAUGAAGAUGUUUGCACAACACAAAAUCAAUAAUGUAAAACAUGAGAAGGAAGCCUGAGGUGAGCAGUAAAAAAGACAAAGCAAAGAACCCCCCCCCCCCGACAAUGAUGUCAUCAAUCCGCUCACCUGCUGUGAAUGACCCAGACUAAUACCUGCUGCAUUCACAUCAGCAGACUUUUACCAAGAAAAAGUCUGCAUAAAGUCUAGGUAAACAGAUUUGGCUGUUAAUGUUCACAUUGAUGCAGCCCACCUGGGCCAUGUUAGGACAUUUUCUGUUGUGCAGUCCUCAUGUAAAAGAAAGAAUGCACUGAAAAAAGCACUUCUGUGCCAGUGCAUCCACCUGCAUUUUCAUGCAGAAUUGUUGAAAGCAAGUAGCUGGUUGUGUCAAUGACACAAGUUAUUGGCCCCCCCACAUGCAUUACCUUCCUUGCAGAGGAGUGGCUCAAUCCCAUUAAGAAAAGCUGCUGUUUGACCACACUACUGAGCUUUGUGUUUCUCUGCUGCUCCUUGUCUGUAACAAUAUCUGGAAAAGCAGAUGAUACAGUGAAAGCAGCUAAAAGACAAGUGUUUGUUGUUUACCGUUGUUGUUGGAAGACCUGGACCCCCUUUACUCAGUUACACAAGUGAAGUGAUUGUUAGAAGUAGACUGGGACCUACAGACCAGAAGACAAUAUCAAAACAACUUUGACAAAAAUGAUCCACUCAACCAAACAAUGAAAAAUUUAGAUCAAGUACCUUCUUUUAGCAUGCUUUAGUUUUUUUUAAGAAAACCAUGUUUGUAUAAUUCCAGAGCUCACUUAGACAAACAGAGAGGCAACCUCUAGAGAAAUGAAGCCAGCAUCCCUUCAGCAGCAAUCUCACAACAGAAUAUUUCCAUCUGUUUUGAUGUAAUCAAGGAUAAGAGUAAUGCAUAAAUCUGUAUAAUCAGGGGUGUGGCUGAUUUGACUGACAGAUGGGGGCGUUGUAGCUGUUAUUGCUACUCCUACCCCUGACUUAUUUCUACAUUAGAAGGAAGCAAGUUGGGCCCAGCAUUUUAAACAUCUUUGAGCCUCUUCAGGAAGCAGUGGGUAACAUGACCGAGACUACAUUUGUAUUUGAUAGAGUCUGAAGCAUAAACACUCAUGGAAAAUACAGAUACAAAUAACAUCACUGAGGCCCAGGAGUAACAACCAAAGAGAGGACAACACAACAUCAAAUCACAGGAUUGCAUUAUAUCGUAUGAUUUUGUUGUGUUAACAUGAUUUUAAGUUUAUCUCAAACAGAAAAUAUCACUUAAAAGAACAUUGUAUCUAAUUAAUGGAUGCAUUCAUUUGUGUAAAUUGUAUUAUUAUUAUUAUUAUUAUUAUUAUUAUUAUUAUUAUUAGUGGUAGUAGUAGUAGUAGUAAUAGUAGUAGUAGUAUUAUAUUAUAACUUUUAUUUAAGCAGGUUAAUCCCAUUAAGAUCCAAGACCUCUUUUGCAAGAGAGACCUGGCCAAGAAUGGCAGCACAUAAAAUUUGCAGAUAGUGAACAGUUUGGUUUUAAAAUUUGAGCUUUUAAGGUAGUAGUUGUGAUGUGAACUCUUCAUCAGUGAAAUUCCCAAAUUAAGAGUUAAUUAAUCACAUUGAGACCAGGGAUGUGAUCAAUGACAGCAAUUUAACGUCUUUUUCCUCUUGGAUUGGCUGCAGAAGUACUAGGUAGUUAUUUUUAAGUUAUUUAUAACCCCCAAUUACCCCCAAUAUCUGGGGUUGUUGGGUUAUAAUCAGGGACUUAAUUACGCCAGUGAAUUGGUCUGGAACUGUUCAAUACAGAGCACCCAGAGUCACUGGGUCACCCACACCAUCACUUGAAUCACUUCACCACAAACAGAUACUGCGCAGAGCUGAAAAACUCACCCUGCUCACUAUUUGUCAGAACUUUGGUUUAAAAAAAGAGGAUAAAGUAGUAUGUAGGCUGUAUUGGUUAAACUGGCAUAUAGCCACCAAAAAUGGAGCAAUGUUUAACCAGCAGGGGCAUGUUAACCUGUUAACCUGCAAGGAGCAACAAAGGCUGGUGGUGCUGGCACUGCUGGCUGUAGCCACACUCAGCAAACUGUGGGUCACUGUGUAAUAUACUGAGAAAUAUGGUAAACGGUUCCAGACUUUGUGACUGGUCAGAUCACAUACUUCUGAUUAAACUCCUGGAAACUGAGUGGCUCUAGGACCUCCUUUAUUGUGAAAUUAGAAUUUAAAGCCCUGUGGGGAACUUUCACUUUCAUUUGUUUCCGCUGCUCUGUUAUCAGCUAAAGCAUGAUGCACAGGUCAGGCUGAGUGUCACAUGUGUCCUCAUGAACCAUGUGUGCAGCUUUUAAAGAAUUACCAUGAUGGGUUUUGUAUUAGCUGACUACAUAAUGUGUACAGAUAUGAUAUGUGUCACACAUCUGUUCCAUCUGGGCCAUAGGCUUUAUAUGUGUGGUUAAUGUACAUAUAUGUUCACUGCUGCAUAUGAGACAGUGUGUAUGUCUGCGUGUGUGUUCAAGUUCUCUUUGUUGAGACAGUCUGGAAAGUAGGACCUGCCCUCCAAUCAGCCUAAGUAGAUUACUCACACACCUCCGUCCAGACGAGUGCUUUAGCACCGAUUCAGGACUAAUCCCUCCGUCCAUUCUAACAGACUUGAAAACAGAUGUCACAUGACUGUUCGUGUAGACUGAGCAUGUGCGUGCCUGUGUAAACAGCCACAUAUAGAGCUGAUAACACAAGAAUUGCUCUUAUAAUAGCUAUCUUCUUAUGCAUGCAGGCUGCAGGAGAAUUAAAAAAAAUAGAGUAUUUACUACUUAACUACUAAGGACAACAAGGUCAGCAAGGCCUGUUUCAAUAUAUACAGAGUCGACCCCUUCAAGUUGUAGCUAUCGUUAAUUACUGCUAAGAGAAAUAGGAACAUAUAGAAUCAGGGGACACCAAGCCAUGGCCAAAAAGGCCAAUACAGUUUCUAAAAUGUCACAGUAGAGAGUCCAUUUGGGCUUUCUUAUAUUCUGAGCCGGCAGUGACUUUAUUCACGUAGAUAUGUAUAGUUAUGUUCGUGACCAAGAGGCAAACACAGACGGAAUAAAACAGACUUGGUAUCAGCCACGUUAGCAUGCACAGUUUUGGGGAUUAAAUUGGACUACUGACCUUGGCCCAGUUUACAAGCACCGGGAAGGAAUUAUUUUGAGGAUUAUUGUCCAAAGUAGGUCUGCCUUUGCUUCAGUAUAGGGCUCAAAAGGGCACAUAAUCUUGCAAUGCAUUGUGGGCUGCGGUCGCCAUUUUUGUGGGCAACAGUGUUUGUUUGGUGUUUUCCAGCCUGUUACUACUUGGCCAUUACCUGAUUUUCCUGUUUGGUCAUGUUCCAAAACAAUUACCCAAUGUGUUGCAAGGGAUCAACAGGUACUACGUAAAACAACAAAAACUCAGACAACUCCACAGCUCUGUACCUUUCCAGUACAAGACCACAGCUUCGUCAAUUUUUAACGUCCCUACAUAUUCUGGUUCGCUUAGACCAGUCUCAGUCCAGUUGUUAAGUAUAUACUGUAUGGAAGAGAAAACCGAUCCCCAACCACAUUAUCUCAAUAUGUUUGUUUGACCAUGAGAAAUUUGAUUCAGUGCAAUCUCAGUUGAACUCCCGUGUUCACAUGCAUUUUAUAAGUCCAGUUUCAGUCUGACUACUGCAGUAAUUCGAUCUUUUGAACAACAUGUAAAGAAAUCGAGAGACAACAAGGCAUUGUGUGUCUAAAUUUACUGAUCGAUCACAUGUUUUCAGCCCCCUCAGGACUUCAUUGACUCCCGUUAUAAAGUUGCACAUGUGCAUUCCCUCCUCUCAAUAAAAGCGGAAGGAGCUAGAUAGGACCUGAGAACGUGCCCAAUCAGCUGUUCUGUGACCACCAGUCCACUACUGUUUAUGGUAAUAAGUACUGUGACCAGUUACUUUUGAAAAAUUAAUAACGUUAUUAACAUAGCUCAAAUUUAAAGGACUUGUUAAUCACUACUUUUGGUCAAAUAGAUGCCAACAACACCAUAUUAAACAGUAAUUUACUGUUGUCAACACUCAACACACUGGACUCAGGAGCUUCGAGAAAGUAUAUCAAAGGAAAGCUAGAUUUGUCACAUGAAUUGGAAAAACAACAGCGAAGCUGCAGAUGUUAAUGUGCAUGGAAGAUGUCAGCUGAGGAUCAGGGUUGCGCUCAGGAAGACGGUGAGUCCUCAUCUUUUGCAGCCUGCUGGUUAGAUGGAGAAGCAGGUGGGUGACUGAAAUGACAGCCAGUUUGGAAGUUCAGUUUAUUAGAAACAAAGAGCUGCUACUCCCCAGGACCAGAACCGAUAAAGACCUAGCAGAAGAAUGGACCAAUGAUGAAGUUUCUGGUUAUGAUGCAUAAAGCCUACAGAAAAAGGUCUACAGACUCAGGACAGCUAAGCCCAGCAACAGGUUUCAGGAAGAGAGCCUGCCUUCACUUCUCUUUGUGGACCGAAAUGGACCCCCUGAGGGCACAUUUGAUCCAGGACUGUUCUUGAGAUCCAGCAGAAGUUACAAUUUCAGGUGACUGAAUGACUUUUCUGAUGCAGUGACUCAGUAUUAAUUAAGUCACAUUUGAAAGGUCACAGAGUUAGUCUCCGAAAAAAAUGCUGUCUGAGAGGAGGUCUUUGCAGGUUGUGGGUGAAAUGUUUGGACCCGGUCAGCUGCACAUUAAAGUCAAUCAAAGGGAAGGAUGAGACUGAAAAAUUUAAGAAACUUCCCAGAAAAAGAUUAAAAAACAAACAAGGGUUUAUGUGGAAAAUGAUCAGUCAACUUGGCAAAUAUACGUAAGAGCCUUUAGUUCACAUUAUUUUGAACAUAGCUGUAAUAUCUUGUUGCCCCUUAGAUAGAAUAUAUCUAUUUGGAUUUAUAUAUAGCACCCCCUGAAGAAAACCUCACCAGCCCCAACUGAAUGACACCAUAUAACUCCAGCUGAUAUAGAAACUUGCACAUAUAUGGAGUUCAGACCACAAGCCAUCCACCAAGAAAACAGCUACCACCUGUCAGUAAAAUCAGCCAUACACCUGACUAUACUGAUCAUGCACAACUAAGCUGUGGCAUAAUCAGUUUAUCAAUACAAUCAGACCUUAUUUUUUUAAACUAAUCAAUUGUCCAUGAAUUUAAACUUGAAUCAGACUCGUGAAACAGUUGUAUUCAUAUCAACUUUGAGGUGCACAGAAACAUAUUUUGUUCACUGAUGGUUACAGAGGGCCCCACAGGAACUCUGAUUUAUUUAUAGAUUUGAACUAUCCAUCUACAUUCCUUUCUUUUUCUUAAAUCACACAUGAAUUAUGAAUGUUACUAUUUAUUGCUUUUGUGGCUUGUAGAGUAAAUCACCUGAAUUCCCAUAUAUGCAAAAUGUUUACAGAACAUCUACACUCACCGGCCACUUUAUUAGGUACACCAUGCUAGUAACGGGUUGGACCCCCUUUUGCCUUCAGAACUGCCUCAAUUCUUCGUGGCAUAGAUUCAACAAGGUGCUGGAAGCAUUCCUCAGAGAGCUUGGUCCAUAUUGACAUGAUGGCAUCACACAGUUGCUGCAGAUUUGUCGGCUGCACAUCCAUGAUGCGAAUCUCCCGUUCCACCACAUCCCAAAGAUGCUCUAUUGGAUUGAGAUCUGGUGACUGUGGAGGCCAUUUGAGUACAGUGAACUCAUUGUCAUGUUCAAGAAACCAGUCUGAGAUGAUUCCAGCUUUAUGACAUUGCGCAUUAUCCUGCUGAAAGUAGCCAUCAGAAGUUGGGUACAUUGUGGUCAUAAAGGGAUGGACAUGGUCAGCAACAAUACUCAGGUAGGCUGUGGCGUUGCAACGAUGCUCAAUUGGUACCAAGGGGCCCAAAGAGUGCCAAGAAAAUAUUCCCCACAUCAUGACACCACCACCACCAGCCUGAACCGUUGAUACAAGGCAGGAUGGAUCCAUGCUUUCAUGUUGUUGACGCCAAAUUCUGACCCUACCAUCCGAAUGUCGCAGCAGAAAUCGAGACUCAUCAGACCAGGCAACGUUUUUCCAAUCUUCUAUUGUCCAAUUUCGAUGAGCUUGUGCAAAUUGUAGCCUCAGUUUCCUGUUCUUAGCUGAAAGGAGUGGCACCCGGUGUGGUCUUCUGCUGCUGUAGCCCAUCUGCCUCAAAGUUCGACGUACUGUGCGUUCAGAGAUGCUCUUCUGCCUACCUUGGUUGUAACGGGUGGUUAUUUGAGUCACUGUUGCCUUUCUAUCAGCUCGAACCAGUCUGGCCAUUCUCCUCUGACCUCUGGCAUCAACAAGGCAUUUCCGCCCACAGAACUGCCGCUCACUGGAUAUUUUUUCUUUUUCGGACCAUUCUCUGUAAACCCUAGAGAUGGUUGUGCGUGAAAAUCCCAGUAGAUCAGCAGUUUCUGAAAUACUCAGAACCAGCCCUUCUGGCACCAACAACCAUGCCACGUUCAAAGUCACUCAAAUCACCUUUCUUCCCCAUACUGAUGCUCGGUUUGAACUGCAGGAGAUUGUCUUGACCAUGUCUACAUGCCUAAAUGCACUAAGUUGCCGCCAUGUGAUUGGCUGAUUAGAAAUUAAGUGUUAACGAGCAGUUGGACAGGUGUACCUAAUAAAGUGGCCGGUGAGUGUAUACACAAGUGAAGAAGCCUGUCAGCCUGACCUCAUGAGGUUCCUACAUGCAGAGGAGCAUGACACAGGUUGUAGGUACACAACACAGUGACAAGACCUUUUUAUAUCUGUUUUUGUGAUUCAAAUGUUGGCCAGCCACAUACCCACCAAAAGAAAAAUCGAUCCCAAUUUGGCAGUAAAAAGCAGGUGUAAAUUUGGGAUCCUGACUGGUGGGCUUCAGUAUUUGAAACUGAUGCGUCAAAUGUUUUUGUCACAAUGCUCACAUGGCUCUCAGCUGAGAUUACUCAAACCUUGGACUCACCAGUGUCUCUUCUUGACACUGUUUUCAGUGGGAACUCUGAUAUUUCCUUUGACAACAACAAUAGCAGAGGCACUUACACAAGAGAAACUAACCACAUUAUGUCUGUGGUUAUUUGGUGGUUUGCUGUGAUUCACACGCUCUAAAAUUGAGCUCUGCCACCUCAUGUAAGGUGGCCACCCAUGGACAUCAGUCUUAUCAGCUGCCCUUGUAUGCUUAGCUUAUAGGUGAUUCUUCAAACUCUGUGUAACAAACAGUGCAUACAACUGUGGACGAAAUAACAUGGGGUGAAAAAAAAGGAAAACAUAAUUUCAAACCUUAAUCAUGUUUUGACAAACUUGUUAGCACUGACAUCCCUAGUAAUAAGGCAUUAAACCCUCUAACUUCUACCCUGAGCUACAAAAAAGAAGCAUCACUAUUUUAAACCCACUUUUCCUUUAUUUACAUAAAAUAUAACCCCUCACAUCAGAUAAAAUCUGAAAAAUAGGAAAUCAUGCCUGUCCUGGUACUUGCUCAUAGUCUCUGCAGGAGUGACCACAUGUAAAAAGGUAAGAGCAAAUUCGGUCACAACCCAAAAACUGGAUUACAGAAUCAAAACUUGUCCCUUGACCAGUUCUGCUUUCAGGGUUCUCACACAGCAUGGAAUAGUGUUGGAAUUGGUUUGAAUACCCUCCAGGUCUAGAUUAGUACUUGAUGAAUACAUGGCAUCAUACAUCAUCAAAUACUGGCACUGGGAAUCUCGGAGCUCUGCAUCCUGUCAUUUCAGCAAGGAGAAACUGUUUUCUUAGUGGCUUAAUUCUUCAGUUUCCCCACUGAAUAAAUGUGGCUCUUUGCAACAUUUUCUUUUGUAAGUUAAGUUUAUACAUAACCCAAAAAUGACUCAAUAAACUGUGCAAGUUGGGUUCCCAGCUUUCCCCACCAACUUCCCUCUGUGAUGGUUUCAUUUUUCAUCUGUUGUACCGGGAAGUCUUACUGAGAUUUAAUGUCUUUUUGAAGAGAGAUCUAGAUAAAAAGCUCCUAUAAUGAGAUACAAACCCAUUUAAAACAUCACAAACAAAAAACUAACAUGAGAAAAUUGAAAACAGCAUUCAGAUACACGUCAGGCUGUCAAGAAAAGCAUCCACAUUCUUCUUUUAGCACAUAUGGUACUUUUAUUUAUUUUUUGACUGAUACUAGUGUGUUAGGAAACUCUAUUUGCUUGUAGUAGCUCAAAACUUAAAAUGUUCUGGUUAUUUAGACACCACAUAUACAGAGAGAAAAAUAUUCCAAAACUGAGGGGUUCCCAAAUGCACUUUUUUGUCCAUAAUUUGACUCAGAUGUUGUUGUGCACUCACUUUAUAGAAGUCAUUCCUGCUAUCCUGUUUCUUGUUAACUAUGCCAGGUGUCUGUGUGCACCUCCUCUCUGCUGCUGGACCAGGAUUCAGUAAUGGGCCUGCGGAUUUGUGCAGAUCAGGAGGGGUGAUGGGAAAUCCAGAAAGCCUAUUAGUCCUAUGCUAUUAAUACACACACUCAUGAGCGCUCUCUCUCUCUCUCUCCCUCCCUCUCUCUCUCUCUUUCUCUCACUCACUCUCUCUUUCUCUCUCUCUUUCUCCUUCUCUCUCUCUCUCUCUCUCUCUCUCACACACACACACACACACACACACACACACACACACACACACACACACACACACACACACACACACACACACACACACAAACAAACACACACACAAGCACAUACUUAUGAACCUGCAGGUUCAGACUCUGAAUGGAUUCUAUUGUCCACCUUGGCUGGAUGCCGAUCUCUAUACUAAAAACAAAGAACCACAGACUGACAUGAUAUCUACUUGACAGGUUAAAAUGAAAGUCUGUGACGUGGUUAAAGACAUGUUAACAUCCUUUAUCCUUCAGAGGCAAAGAGCAGAGUAGAAAGACAUCAAGGUUGAUGCUAUUACGAUUACUGGCAGCAGCGGAAAUAAGCUUAUUAACGAUAAUUUGUGAGUAUUGAUCAAGUUGUAAAUGAAACUUGGCAGCUGCGAAGUUGUUUGCUCUCUGAAAGCAGAGUUUGCACUCAGGCAAAGCUUGUUUACAGAUAGUGGCAUCUGUACCACCUCCACGCAACUGAGUGUACUGUUAGUCCAAGCGACACAUCUUCCUUUGACCUGGGCCUCAGUUCCUCAGUUCUUACACUCUACUUGGGACCAACUGUUCAAACCAGGUCAAUACUUUAAAGGGUUACACCAUGUGUAUGUAUAUAUAUAUAUAUAUAUAUAUAUAUAUAUAUAUAUAUAUAUAUAUAUAUAUACACUCACCGGCCACUUUAUUAGGUACACCUGUCCAACUGCUCGUUAACACUUAAUUUCUAAUCAGCCAAUCACAUGGCGGCAACUUAGUGCAUUUAGGCAUGUAGACAUGGUCAAGACAAUCUCCUGCAGUUCAAACCGAGCAUCAGUAUGGGGAAGAAAGGUGAUUUGAGUGACUUUGAACGUGGCAUGGUUGUUGGUGCCAGAAGGGCUGGUCUGAGUAUUUCAGAAACUGCUGAUCUACUGGGAUUUUCACGCACAACCAUCUCUAGGGUUUACAGAGAAUGGUCCGAAAAAGAAAAAAUAUCCAGUGAGUGGCAGUUCUGUGGGCGGAAAUGCCUUGUUGAUGCCAGAGGUCAGAGGAGAAUGGCCAGACUGGUUCGAGCUGAUAGAAAGGCAACAGUGACUCAAAUAACCACCCGUUACAACCAAGGUAGGCAGAAGAGCAUCUCUGAACGCACAGUACGUCGAACUUUGAGGCAGAUGGGCUACAGCAGCAGAAGACCACGCCGGGUGCCACUCCUUUCAGCUAAGAACAGGAAACUGAGGCUACAAUUUGCACAAGCUCAUCGAAAUUGGACAAUAGAAGAUUGGAAAAACGUUGCCUGGUCUGAUGAGUCUCGAUUUCUGCUGCGACAUUCGGAUGGUAGGGUCAGAAUUUGGCGUCAACAACAUGAAAGCAUGGAUCCAUCCUGCCUUGUAUCAACGGUUCAGGCUGGUGGUGGUGGUGUCAUGGUGUGGGGAAUAUUUUCUUGGCACUCUUUGGGCCCCUUGGUACCAAUUGAGCAUCGUUGCAACGCCACAGCCUACCUGAGUAUUGUUGCUGACCAUGUCCAUCCCUUUAUGACCACAAUGUACCCAACUUCUGAUGGCUACUUUCAGCAGGAUAAUGCGCCAUGUCAUAAAGCUGGAAUCAUCUCAGACUGGUUUCUUGAACAUGACAAUGAGUUCACUGUACUCAAAUGGCCUCCACAGUCACCAGAUCUCAAUCCAAUAGAGCAUCUUUGGGAUGUGGUGGAACGGGAGAUUCGCAUCAUGGAUGUGCAGCCGACAAAUCUGCGGCAACUGUGUGAUGCCAUCAUGUCAAUAUGGACCAAGCUCUCUGAGGAAUGCUUCCAGCACCUUGUUGAAUCUAUGCCACGAAGAAUUGAGGCAGUUCUGAAGGCAAAAGGGGGUCCAACCCGUUACUAGCAUGGUGUACCUAAUAAAGUGGCCGGUGAGUGUAUAUAUAUAUAUAUAUAUAUUAUUUCGGACAGGAAUUUUUAUUUCUUUUAAACUCAGAUGGUUAUUGUAGUGUCUGACAACAUUACAUAGAGAAUGCAUUCAGAGGAAGACUUUUUAAUAAAGGGCUAAGAUCUUUUUUAUACGAAGUACAACUAAAAAAUAAUUCUCCCCACCAGUUUCUAUUCAGACAGUAGAUGCUGAGUUGCUUAUAAUCACUGAUCAGUGCUCCAUGAGCAGUUUUUAUUGAUGCAUUUUAAGUAUUUGAAGAGGGUGAUCCCAUAGCUCAGUUCAGAAAUCAACAAAAAAGUAUGUUUUCAUGUGGAACGUUGUCUUUUGUUAGGCAUAUGAAAUCCUGUUCUGUUUGUGACAAACAGCAGCACUUUUAGUGGACACACUUUGAUUAGGAUCAUUGCUCUGAAAGGAUAAGUUUUAGCCGUUAAGCCUAUUUUAACUGCCUCCGGCUGAAGCAAUCACCCGGUGUCAGUCCAAAACUUAUGUGUUUCUAUUUGUUUGGAACCAUUAAAUGUAACUGUUAACUGUUAACUGUAACUUAACUGUUACCAUAUUUUCCUAAUAAUAUACAUUCCUAAUAAUAUACUUCACUGAUAAUGAACUUUCCUGAUAAUAUACUUUUCAAAUAAUAAACCUUACUGAUAAUUAAACCCUAAAAAAAGUAUACCUCAGGUACAUUCAAGGAAGUAUACUGAAGUUAAUUUUAGUAUUAGUAUUCUUUGUGUACCUACAUGUAAACUUCUUGGGGCUAAAAUGGCCCAAUUAAGUUUAUUUAAGUACACAAGAAUCAAACCCGUGACCAUAGCGGGGACCACAGUCCCAGACAUGGGGCACGCCUCAAUCCACUUGGCUAUCUGGGCACUGACUUUGAAGCAAAAUUAAAAUUACCUUUGGUAUGCUAUUAUUUCAAUAGUAGUACAUAUUUGUAUACUUGGCUUGUACUGCCUACCUUUUUAAGAGUAUACUCUUGGUAUUUCCGGGAUUUUCUCCACUUCCUGGAACCACUGCUUGCGCAGUAGCAUUGUACACAUUUCACCACUUGCGUAGUGGCAUUGUACGCAUUCGACAGGAGAGUCACUAUGAUGACGCUUGGCUGAAACAGCAACUCUCCUAGGUGAGCUACACAAUCUUUGUACAGCCAUAGGCUAUAUCAAGCACAAACCAGUCUUACACUAACUUUUAACUGAUUUUCCAUAAACUUUACACAUUGCAAUAAUCAGCCCGUUUUGCUCUUCUUAGAGAUCUGGCUUAAUCUCUUUCGUAAAGCAAUCUCUGAUCCGUAGAUCCAUUGAAAAAUGUAUCUACAAAUUCAUACUUUCUUCUUAGUUUUAAAUAGCUUUUGAUUUCUCCCUUUUUAGUUAUUGUAUUAAUUAUCAUUAUUCCUCUCUUUUCCCAUUGUUUGAACCUCUGGUUUAUAGCCCCUGGUUUAAAAUCUUUAUUGUAUGCCAGCCAUCUUCAUGUUAUAUCUCAACUAUUUUAAACCAGAUUUCCAAAGUGAACCUAGAGACUGCAUCCAGCAUUUUCUCUUUUUCUUUAAACAUUCUUCUGUUUGCUAUCAUACUCUGCACAUGACAUCCUUCCACGUUCAACUUUAUCUCUUCCAUCUUGUGAGGUAAUUUGUAUUACACCAACAAAUCAAGUGUCGGCGCUGCGCAGCAUAAAAAUAUUCUCUAAGAGUUGGCAGUACCAACCAUCUUUCCAUGUCCUUAUAUAUUUCUUGAUUUAGAGGUACAGUUACUUAUAAACUGUUUUUUGUUUUUUUGUUUUUGUGUGUGUGUGUGUGUGUGUGUGUGUGUGUGUGUGAUGUUUAUCCCUACAUAAAAAGCCUUUAAUUGUUCCACUUGAAGUUAUAUCUUUCUUAAAUUUCUUAAGAUGGUGAAUAACUAAAUGAUAGCACUUGUGUUUUCUGGACAUUUAGUUUGUAACCUGUUAGGUACCCAUAGUUUUAUAAUAAUGUCUUUAGUUUUGGCUGUUUUUGGCAGGAGUCUGUUUUUUUGUUUUUUUUUAAAUAUAUCAAAACAUCAUCAGCAAAAAGACCAAUAUUGUGCUCACUGUCUCUCAUGGUGAUCCCCAUAAUUUCUUCAUUUUGCCUUACAGCUUGAGCCAAUGGCUCAAUAAAGCAAAUGUUUCUGAGGUCAAAUAUGUCAGAAGAAACACAGACUCAAACAUCUCUCUGAAUUCCUGUCAGUGUCCUCCUUCCUCUCAUUAAACAUCCUCUGGUUGUUUCUCAGGUGCAGCAUCGGAUCACAGGGCAGGUGAUGGCUCUGAAAAUGAACACCCUGGCCAGCAACAAAGCUAACAUGCUACGAGAAGUGCAGCUAAUGAACAGGCUUUGUCACCCCAACAUCCUCAGGUGGGUUAUAAUCUUGGUCUCUGUCAGUAAAAAAAAACAUCUUUCUCUGUGAUCAGUCUCCAAUAAUGAAGUCAGUGAUGGAGUUUAUCUUUCUCACUUAAACAAACACUACUGAUAGAAGGUGUGAGAAACAGUCACACUGUUGUCCCUAAAAGAUAAAAGUUUCAACUCUUUCUGGUGCCUCUGUCUUCUGGAAGAUACAAUAGCUGUGACUUUCCUCCACAACAAAAGAACACAAGAAAUUUUUUGAGACAUGCUCCACCAGCAAAGUUCAGAGGUGAAAGGGUUAGGGUAAAAUUGCUCCUUCAAGUCCUUCAACACUGUCCCAAUGAGAUGGCAGGUCCAUGCUCGGUCUCAAGAAAUUCUGGAAGUGAUCUAUUCAGAGACAAGCAAGAAAAUAUUUCCAGGAAUUACACCAACAACCAUGAAUCUCAUGUUUCAAAACUCUCUGUGAUCCGACUUAACCAACAACGUAACUUUAAAUAUAUUCAAAUAAGAAUAAGAACAGGUUAUCUGCAGAAACAGUGCCUCAUCACAGGGUUAAUGCUGUUGCUGGAGGGAUGCUUGCACAUUAAGUGUCCUGUGAAUAGAGGCUACAGCCUUUGUGGCAGCAGUUGCUGGUUCCAUUCCUGGCCGCGAUCCUUUACUGCAUAUACCCCCUCCACUCCCUGCUCACCUCACAUCCUGUCUCUUCAGCUGUACUGUCCAAAAAUGCCCCCAUAAUCGUUGUAAAUAUGAUCUAGACUUACAUGUCUGAAUCAUGUGAAGUGGAUAAAGGUUUCAGGUGGGCUUGGUGUGAAACAGCACAACAUGGUGUGCACACUUUAACUCUGCCCGGCAGAGGGUGCUUUUGAACACACAAAAUAUCAGUCCUAGUGCUGUGCAAAAAUAGCACGAUAUUCACACAACCAAAACACAAUAUUACUGGCAAAUCAUGUGAAUCUAUGGCAAGUGGAAUCAUUACCUUAAGUGCAUUUGUAGGUUAAUACAUUAUGUGGUAUUAUUACUAUCCGAUAAAAAAAACAACUAGAGGUAAUGUUUGAAGACAAAUAAGACAUCAGUCACUCACAGCUGAGUCUUAAUUUACACUUGGAAAACAAACAUUUAUAAAAGACUGCCUGGAUAUCAGGUGGUUUAACCCAGAACAACAUAAAAGUCUACAAAAAACAAUAAUUCAGGUUGUCUAAUCAUUUAAUAUAAAUUUGAUUACAGACUCCUGGUGAGAUUGUUGUAACACCAAGCCUUUAGGGAGAGUAUCUCAUAAUCCAUUUAAUCAGGUUUCAGGUAAGAGCCAGAAAUCAGCCCUUGACCUCCUCAGUCUUCAGUAUAAAUUAGCAAGAGUGAGAUUUUGUGUUAUUUUUGGACGUCUCCGAAAUCGCUGCUAAUCACUGUCAUCCUGUCUUUUAGUAAGUUGUCAUCAGUUCCUCAGCCACUGACCGUUUUAUAAGUUUCAGAGGUAAAUAGAAAAUGCUGAUCAGCGGUCAUUUUAUCCACCUUUUUUGUCUUUAAUGAACACAAAUUAAAGAUGUUAAGCUUAUCUGAAAAGAGUCUGAGUCCAGCUGUUCUCAUCAACAGAAGACAAAAAAGAAAUAUUUGGACAUCAUUUCAGCCAGUGGGCUCUAUUUUCGUGUGCGCCGGUGAGGCGGUGGAGGGUGGCAGACCCUGCGCAGUUGUAUUUUCGUCUGGCGGAGCCCAGCGUACAGCCAGUUUGGUAUUUUCAUGGACUGAGGCGCACGGAGGCGAACUAAGAUCUGCCAAGCUUGGGGUGGUGGCGUGGCAGGGGGAGGUGUCGACAGAAUCAGCGGGCACAGUGACAUUUUCAUGCUCGCCAGUGGCGUGUAAAGUGUGCUGAAAGCUCGCCAAUUCAAACCUGGUCAGCUGGUCUAGUGGUAUUUAGGUAGACCUCCGGCGUAUAGGCAUACGUCACCGAUGCCUCACAGGCCGGUUUCCACAGUGUCAGGCACAUUUCAGUGCAAUAAAUAAUUAUCAACAACUAAUAAUCUGAGUCAGCACAUACAUUUAGAUCUAUAUAGAUAUAUUCUGAUCUAUAUCUGAUCUGAUGAGCGCGUUUGGCACGCGUUUGGACACACAACCUGACCGAAUCAACACAGCUGAAACCCGUUAAAUUAAAUUAAAUAUCUAGUAAAUAAACACACAUGAUGAAGUUAACAAGAUAUUUAAUUUGUUUCCCUCCUUUUCUUUUUUCCUCUUCCUCUUAUUUCUUGCGCAGCUCGAACUGGACAUGUCUCUGUGUCCUCUCUCUGUCCUAUUGCAGCUGCUGUCGCAGCGGCUGAACAGAUGAUUUGUUUCAGUGAUCAGAUUAGUUAUUUACUUUAAGCCUACAUACGAAUAUUACAAUAUUCAAUUUUGUGAGCCAAAUUUAUUUUAUAUACCAACAUCUAUGAAAGAAAGAGCCAGGCCACGGAGCGCGAUGCGUCAUUUACGCACAGAUGGUUCCGAUUUGAAUGCCAUUUUUGGAGUUUAUGUUGUGAUCUGUGCGCACAACCCACCUUUGUCACGUUAGGUUUGAAUAUAUGCAACUUUAUGUGAGUGUCUUAAUUAGUGGAAAAGGGUGUUUGUCUUACCAGUGGGUCCAACAUUACACACACCAAAUCCAUCUGUGCUCAUAUGAGAGAGUGUGGAGGACGCCAAAUGCAGCGCUUACAGUGACACUUGUUGUGGGGCUGCCUUCUGUCGCCAUCAUGUGGCAUUACUGUCUUCAGACAUCUCUUGAUCUCUUUGACUACUUCAUGAAAAUAGUAAUACGCCUCGCCGGUGGCGGAUUAAAAGGCAAGGAGAGGAGCUUCUGUGAUUGGUGAAAACAGGUCUCGGCUGUGUUAAACCCUCUCUACGCCCUCUCUCCUCCCUCGUAACGACUUAUGCCGCUGGGAGGAACUGAGUUAGGGAGGGGGGAUACUUAUGCCGGGCUGCGCCACUCACCAAAAUACCAAAUUGUGCUUGGGAACGCCUUGUCGGCGCGGCGGACCUGACUUACGCCGCGCCUGCGGCACAUCUCCGGCGAGGCACGAAAAUAGAGCCCAGUAUCUUCCCCCAGGCAUUUACCAAUAUACAGACAGUUCAGUAUCCCCACACUGGUGUGACUGGCACAACAAGUGGUCAAAAUUUGUCCACUGUAAAUUUUGGCUAACGUAAUUCUUGUAACGUCCUUCGUUGAUGUGCUAUAAAGAGUUACUUGGACUGAAGAUACUCAGGCCUCCUGCUCAGUCAUUUACAGGGGGAUUUGAAGAAAAACCAAACCACAUUGUUCUGAUUUUUCAAACACUGGCAUUAACAUUAAGGUCAUUUUCACAGGCUUGAGCUAAAUAUUUGUUAAACUUAAAUUCCUUAGGUACCUUUCUCUCAGCCUUCUCUCUCUUCUUUUACUACUCCGCUCUGUUGUCUCUUCGCCGCCACUCUUGAGCAAGUCACAGUAGAGCCAGACGGGAAGUUGGGACUCUAGAGUUUGUUUUUUAGAAUUAAGUUUUUUUGCAGAGCAGUGUCACAUUUCAUGAGUAGCUACAAUGCCACACUCUUAAUAUGGUCCAUAAAUGUGUGCAAGUAUAGACUUUAUGUUUAUAUGGAUCCAUUCAUGCAAUAUAAUUUACAUUUGAAACAUCUACCAGAAAAGAUCAACAUCCUGAAGACAUGGCAGAUUAAAUUCUUGCAUAGCGGUGGGCUACGAUCAUGAUAAAUGUACAUCAUAACUUCACCAGCUGCCUCAGCUAAAUAAUCUGAACUACAGUGUGUGUCUGCAUGAAGUACUGGUGCAGUGACGUCCCAAACAACAACCCAAAGAAAUUAGGCAAAUAAAGCAGUGACGAAAGUUAAGAUAGGAAGAAUUUAUUUCAGUAGACAGAUUUCAGUAUGGAGGACUGUUCCCAGACCAGGUUUAAAUAUCUGCUGUCAGAGAACCUUAUAAUAAACAAACAGUAGACUGAAAAACGGACAAAUUCGCCUUUGGUCAGGGAGGUCUUUUGCUAGGUCAGCAGUUAGACCUGUGUACUCUUUCUUGCACUGGAAUCAGUUUUAAUUUCAAUCAAUUAUUAUUUUAUUACUUAUUGCUGGUCUGAAAUGACAGUCAUAUGUUUUUAUAUGCAGUCCACUGCCAGCUGUAGCUCGGGUUAUCUGUGACCAUUUUGCUGUGUAGCAUAGCGCGGUUUGUCAAUAUUUUGAGCUAGUAAAGGGAGAUUAAUGUCGCGAGCCACAGUUAAAACAAAAGGGAAAGAAUCCAAAUGCAGACAAAAAAGGUUUUAUUUAAAAAUAACUAAAUGAAAAAAAAAAACUUCCUUCAAAAAACACAAGAAACAAAAUCCAAACAAUCAAAAUCACUGGGGAAAAAUCACAUGGCGACUCACUGGGGAUGCGCCAUCAACAAGGACAAACACACACAAUGAACCAACAAAGAAACAGGGGAAGACAGGGGCUGUGUCCGAAAUGAAUCACUCAAUCCCUAACCCCUAACCCCCAUAUGGAGUUUCACUAUAUAGUUGACUAUGUAGUGGGCUCAAUUACUGGAGGUUUCGGACACCACAAGACGCAAUGCAUGACGGGACGCCCACAACCGGUGAGUGACCAUUGUAUGGUCACUACAUUUUGCAAUGCUCUAUGGGAAAAUUUGAGUCGCCUAUAUGGGGCACUGGAAUUGAUCACUCAGGUUUCGGACACCCCUCAAAAUGGCGCUAACCUCAAUAUAGUCGCCUAUAUAGGGGUUAGGGAUCCAUUUCGGACACAGCCAGGGACUGUAUACACACAGGGAAACAAGCAACAAGAGGCAGGUGAGACACUGAGACACAGGUGCAGACAAUCACAGAGGAGGGAAAACCGAGGAAGUAAAACAAGACUAGAAACACAGGGAAUAAACUACUACAAAAUAAAACAGGAAAUACUGAUCUAAAGAAUAAAACACUGAGAACAUAAGGGAAACGGGGUUAGACACAAACUAAAAACUCACAAGACAGGACUACAAGGGAACAGAAACACUAGGGAAAAUACACAGAAAAUACACCCAUAUCACAAAGCCGGAACAUAUCUGAACAGAACAUAUCAUGACAAUUAAGUUACAUAAGUCUGGCUAAACUGACCAGCAACUGUUGACUUGAGCAGAGUGCAGCCAGCACUGGUAUGUGAUAUUAACAUGCAAGGAGGACCAUAGACUGGUGGUGUUAGCUUUGCUAAUGUUUCUCAAACUCCUGCAAAUCAAUGGAUGUGGCUCAUUUGACCACCCUGGGGGCCAAAUGUCCUGGCUGAUGGACUCUGUACAUAUACAUUUACAGCAUAUACAGCCUCUGGCAUCAGUGAGUCAAUGUGGUGUGAAUGAGUAAAUGUGAGAUGUGAUGUCAGAAGUCCAGAGACAGAAACACAGUUACAUAGAGGACCCGCCAAUUCUGUGAUCAUGUGUUCAGCUAUGUUCAAUAAGUUUCACUUUUAUUUAAGUGAUUUCUUAACUUACUCUAGAAUUCAAUUUUUAGUUUAAAUGACCAAAAAAAAGUCUGUCUGAUUUGUUUUUGUCGAUGUUGUGGUAAUGGAGUAAUGAAUUAAUAGAGUAAUGGGUUGACUAAUUUCACUACCUUUUUUUUUGUCUGAAAAUGUGCCACAAAAUCUGAAAAAAGCUCAUUAUGGCCAUAAGCAACUUUGUCAGCCAACCAAACCCUUAGAACAAACAUUUUGAUAAUGAAAAAUGGAAAAGAGAAUCAAAAGAUAUCACACUUCAUUUCCUCAGAUGCUGGAAACAGAAUAAAUUUUGACUCUUACUGAAUGUACGACUUAAUUUCCAACUCAUUAGGCAAAUAAUAUACUGUACCUUUUACACCCAUAUCUUUGAAGUCCUAACAGUAGACAAAGUGUUGUAUUUUUAAUAUAUUUAUUCACUGUCUUCAGGUUUCUCGGGGUUUGUGUGCAUGAAGGUCAACUCCACGCUUUGACUGAGGUAAAACCAUCAUUGGUGCUUUACUCCUUUUGAUACUGUCCAGCCUCAGUUCCUCUCUUAACCUCUUCUCUCUGUUUUGACUCUUACAUUUUCAUAUCUGUGCCACAAAGCUGAGAAUACAGACAGUGCAGACUGUAGUGAUAACUUAAUCUCAAAACAUGGUGUUUGAUGUGUUAAUGAUAAGUAUGAUUGGGCUGAAAGGGGUUGUAUGAACUACACUGUACAUGUGUGUGGUUAUUACAAACAUCCAUCCAACACCCCCCCCCCCCCCCCCUUUUUUUUUUUUUUUCUUUUUCACUGUAGUAUAUAAACGGAGGAAACCUGGAGCAGCUGUUGGACAGUGACCUGUACCUGUCGUGGGGUGUCAGGAUUGGUCUAUCUCUGGACAUCGCCAGAGGUCUGCAGUACCUGCACAGCAAGGGCAUCUUUCACAGAGACCUAACCUCUAAGGUAGGGUUCACAGGAAGGAGAUAGAGGCUAUGGAAUAGUCCCGGUCUGAUUGCAGUAAAGUGUCUGUGUCAUUGAUUCUAAAUGUGUUGAAUAGAAAGGAGGCCCUAUGCUCCACUGCUGAUGAAUGUCCUUUCUUAUCUGGGCCGUGUUAAAGGAGGGCUCCAGUCAAGGCCAAACUUUAUGUCUUUAUCUAUAUCUCUAUAUCUAUAUCUGUAUUCACAGAUGAGAUAGACAGUGAUGGAUAGGUGAAGUUUUCUGAUCUCAAAAUACAGCACAGAUGAAUAAAUACACACUGAAUAAGCAUAAACACACACAGACACACACACACACACACACACACACACAAAUGUAACCAUGAGUAAGAUGUAGUCAGCAGAAAUGAGCAAACCUAAAAACAGUCAAACUAAAAUGCACACAGAGAAUAUAUCAAACUAUUAUUUCAUAUUGGUUCUUUGGAAAAUGAGAGAAAAUAUCACUUAAUUCAAUCCAGAUAUCCCUUAGACUAAAAGACCUCAAAUGUGUCCUGGGGCCUGUUCUACCAAGCAGGUUUAACCUGGCGAGGUAGCCUUGGAGUUACCUCGCUCAACUUAGCGCGGUAGCCAGUGGUCUCGCUAAACAGUCUUACGAUGCUGGUUAUCAACCUCGUAAGUGGAUCCAGCUUUGCUAUGAGCGCGUGCACACAUGUAAGGCGGAGCCCUGCGAAUCUGACCAAUCGUGGACAUGGACCAGUCUGGAGCGUCAGAGCAGGCCAGAGAGCAAAGGACCGCGUACUUUACAAACGAGGAGCAGGAGACGAUCAUGAGAAAGUAUGAAGAAUUCAAAUCUAUCAUAAACCUCAAAAGCAACACCGUCGCCGCUGCAAAAGCGCAGAAGGAAUGCUGGCAGAAAAUUGCUGUCAGUCUCAAUGCGUAAGUAUAGUGCCCAAAAAAUCUUUGAUGCCAUUAUCACCCUGAAAUAGCACUGUUCAACAUGUGCUUUUAACAUGCACCAGACAUGUCUAAUUCAUUUCCAAGAUGAAUUCAUUCAUUUGUUCAUUCCUAUCAUGUUUACAUUUUUUGUGUGAUAUGUCGGCCAUAUGAGCCUUUCAUAAAGGUGGUCAUCCGGAAAAGUAAGUGGGUCUGUGCGGUCCCUGAAAACUCUUGUGCGCCGGAAUGCUCCUCGGACAAUGCGAGCACCGAGGUCUAUAGGAUCCUCCAAGAACGGACAAGCCAUUUCUCGAGAGAGCUCAUUGGUCAGUGGGCGGGGUUUUUAUACUCUGUGAGUUCAAUCUGGAACCUAACCUGCCCCGGAGACUCGCCUCGCUAAGAAGUGAACCCAUGUCGUAGAACACGAACUUACCCUCGAAGUUACUUCACUAAGCAGUAAUCCUGCUUCGUAGAACAGGCCCCUGAUGUCAACAGAGAUAAACAAACAAAGAUGAAAACAGUGGAAUAUCUUGAAUUGUACAGUCCUUGGGCUUUAUUUAUUCCCUUAUUAAUGUCUUCAUAUUUCCACAUUCAUUUACAGAUUAUUUUUUAUUUUUUCUGGCUUUCCCAGAAAUGCAGUGGGAAAAAAAAAUCACGGUACAUGAGCAGUUCAGACAUUCUUUGUGCUUAUAUGGCCAUGUAAAUGGGUCCAGGUGUAUAAGUUUAAAUGUGGUUAAAGUUGUUUUAAACUGUAGUGUGAACGAGAAUGCUGAGUUGAGGACGGAUGAAAGAGUGAGCGAUGAUAUGAUGAUAACCUCUGAAAUGGUCCUUCGUGCAGAACUGUCUGGUUCGCUGUGAUAACGGCACAUUCACUGCUGUGGUGGGAGACUUUGGGCUGGCAGAGAAGAUCCCUGAUUACAGGUCAGUUAAGAGGGAAUUCAUGAUCUUAGUAAAACAGAGCAUUAAACACAGUGAUUCAACUCAUCAUGUUCACAGCUCAAUAGAAGAGGAGAUGGAGGGCUUUUGCAGUGAUUUCCAUUCAAUUAUACAGUAAGGUAUAUUGGAUACACAAAAUAUAAAAAUGACAGUGUUAUUUGACAGCACAACCAGCUGAGUAUUAAAGGGGUAGCUCUGUUUUUUCAAGCUGAUUUGUUCGCAGUUAGGCCACCCCCUACAUUACAAACAUGUUGAAGUGAAAAGUAUUUUUCAAUUUAUCAAUACUUUUGCCAUAAAGUUUCAAAUAGAAACUAAGUGGAAGUAAGCUUGAAAAGGGUUAAUAUGUAAAUUUCAACAAAUGCACUGAUUUGUUAUUUAUUCCAUGUUUUAAGGGUUUUUGUUUUUCACUUAGACUUAAAAGGGAUGUACUGUGGCUGUUGAUAAUGGUAAAGAUCAUAAUCACCAUUACUUAACUGACAUUGAUAUCACCAUAAAAUUACCCACAUCUGCAUCACAUGCAUUUAUGCAACUUAAAACCUCCUCAGACCUUAAAAUCUCUGUAGUCUUAGAAAAACACAGUUAGUGGAAAAACUGUUCACCCUACUAUUUAAAAAAAACACGUCUGUCUGUCUAACUUGAGGAUAUAGUUUUCCUAGAAAAUCAUAUGUGCUACUACUGAAAGUUACCAUGCAUCAAUUUUUCAAUUAAAGAGCUUUCAAUUAAUUUUGGUGAUGUAAUUAAAUUAAAUGCCUGAUUUCACAUUAAGUUUUUUUCACCCUGUGUCGUAAUAAAUUUAAGAUUUAUGCUAUAUUACCAAUUACAUUUGAUCAUUGGCUGCAGAUCAAACAAAUCAUUAAGUCUUAAAGAGCUUUUACAAAACCUCAUUUAAAUUCUCAAGACUUGAAUCUAACUAUGAUACUCCCCUCUCUCCUCUCUCCUCCUCCUGCUCCCCUCCCUGCCCCCCCCCCCCUUCUGCUCCUCUCCUUGCUCUCCUCCUCCUGCUCAUCUCUCUUCUUCUCUUCCUGCUCCUCUACCUGCUCUCCUCUCUUCUUCCUCCUGCUCAUCUCUCUUCUCCUCCUCCUGCUCCUCCACCUGCUCUCCCCUCUCAUCUUCCUGCUCUUUCCCUGCUCUCCUCUGUCCUCAUCUUGCCCUUUUCCCUGCUCUGCAUUAUAUUGUUCAGCCUCGAUUACUGUAAUCUCAUAAUUUAGAGGAGCUAAUUAUCAUUGAAAUCUAAACCGUUGAAUGGCCCUGCUUCAGGAUGUACCUUUAUCUUUGGUUUGUUUGUUCAAAUGUAUAAUGAAUGGUGCUGUACUGUCUGACACAUAAAUCCAACUUGGGAUAUGCACUUUUUCUGUUAUUUAUUAAUAGAUGGGGAAUAAUUUGAUGCCAUAAAUGUGUGACCCACUCCUAAUUUGUGUACCUUUCUAGCCCCAUGCCCCAUGAACUGCAGGCCUCAUCGUGCCUAAAAUCUUUGGGUAUGUGCAGGUUGAGGGUGGUGUUUGUGAAGGGUGUGUCUGACUUCAACGUUUUUCUCUCUUUGCAGUGACUGUGUGGGGAAGCAGCCUUUGGCCAUCGUUGGCUCCCCUUACUGGAUGGCUCCUGAGGUUCUUCGAGGAGAGCUUUACAAUGAGAAGGUAAAACUGAUUGGCAAGUGUUAAACAAACUGGGGCAGUCUCAUCUCACUCGAAACAGCUAUGUCUCCAAAAUAUUCUGCUAUAUUCCUGCUAUAUAUUACUGCUAUAUAACUCCACUAUGGGCCCAUGAACUUCAAAAGACAACGUUUCUUCAGGAAAAACACAGGCGUAAAUAUCGGUGCAACCGGUGCAGCUGCGGUGCAUCUGAGCUCUCCCCGUGUAAAAGGGCCAAGGGUGUGUGGACCCAAAAGCAGAGAACGUGAGGCAAAUGUUCUGUUUACAAAAGCGAGCUCUUUAAUCCAGAAAAAAACCGGCAGGGUCAAAAGCAAAAGGGCAGCAAUAAUCAGGCGACAAAACCAAUGGGGCAGGCAAGAAUCAGAAGUCCGGCGAGAUCAAAACAGGUCGAACACGGAGGGCAGAGAAAUAUCAAGAAUGCAAGAGAGCUUGUACAAAAGUGACAAAGACAAUCUGGCAGGGAAGAGCUAGUGAGGAGGAGUUAAAUAGAAAAGGGGACAAGACACAGGUGAAACCAACGGAGUAAUUAACUAAAGAACAAAGACAGGAAGUAAAAGUAACAGUAACACAGGGAAAACAGGAUCUUCAAAAUAAAACAGGAAGUGGAUUCAACAAAACACAGAUCAUGACACCCUGGUGCUGAUUGCCCGCGGUGGAUGCAUUUCCUCCAUGAUGAUGCCUCUUUCUUUUCUUUUUUGCCACCAGCUUUCCUGAUUGUGUACAUUUUUGUCCUCCGGUUUAUGACACAUGCUGCCCCCUGCAGAUUGGCAGCUGACUUGAGAACUUCCAUCAUGUGGUUUACUAUUGGGCAUUUCCUUUUGCUGCUAUAAUAAACAUUUGCUUAUUGAUUGUGAUACGAAUAAGAUAGAAACUGGUGAAAACAUAUGUGCAUCAAAAUUACAGAAAGAAGUGGCAGGCAGGGAAGUGAAAUUUUUCUCGUUGGCACAGGGAGAGAGAGAUUGAGAGCAGCAUGAGCAGAGUAGAGCAGCAGAGAUAUUUAGCCUUACUGCUUCACAAAAUGACACAAACAGGGAAGCCAGUGGCAAAAAGAAAGAAAGAAAGAAAGAAAGAAAGAAAGAAAGAGUGCAGUGUGUUCAGGCUGUCAGCCUACAUGGCAACAAUAGCAGUUCUCUAUAGUGGAUGCGUGUGCGUGCGUGCAUGCGCGUACAUGUGCUUGCAGUGUGCGCUUUUGUUUAGGGCAGGAGUGGGGGCACAAAAAAAAUUUUUGCACCGAGGCCUAUCACCAUGAUAUUACGCCACUGAGGAAAAACGUAUACUUUUGCCAUGUUUAAUAAAUUUGAUUAAUCAAUCAAACAAUCAAUCAAUCUAUAUUUAUAACAAGUAUUAUGACAGGAAAGCUGGUCUGAACCAGACUCUAUUUACAAAGACCCAAUGUAAAGAUGGGAUCAGACUGAGCCCCAUCCUGUAAGAUCAGAUCCACUCCCAUCUUCAGCCACAUGAAUGAAACACUUUGAGGUCUUCACAUCUUUUAGGACUAAGUGUUGACUGACAGUUUGGCAGGUUGAUCUGAGAACAGUUUUGAUUGUGGCCUGUGUCAAGCAGCACAGUGCAAAAGUCUUCAAAACAGAUCUGACUUGCUCUCCUGCACCUCUGCACAGGUGGAUGUGUUUGCAUACGGCAUCAUCCUCUGUGAGAUCAUCGCCCGAAUUGAAGCAGAUCCAGACUUCCUACCCAGGACAGAGGUAAGUUCACUUGAGACUUGAGAUUACAGAGCCAUGGCCCCUUGGUUUAGUCUGACAUCUGUGUUUGUAAAGCUGAUACCUGUGAGAUGCAAUUCUUCUGUUUUUGACUCAUUCUGGAUCAUUUGCCAGUAUUGACAUUUAAUAAAGGGAUUUUUAAUGCCACAUUAGUAAAAAGGCAACAAAAGUCUCAGAAACAUCUCUGUGUAUGUUAACCAUAUCGAUAAUAAAUCAACUAUUUCUUCAGCAUCUUUAUUAGGACCAAAGUUUACAACAAUGAAAAAUCAUAUUGGCAGCUAGAAGACAAGAUAAAACAAUGAAAGGAAUAAACCCCAUUUAUAAAAUCAAAACCAAUGUAAAGCAAGAAAAGAGGUGCAGCAGUUGAAGGGUAUCUUUAAUAACGUGAUCGAAGGCAGGAAGAACAACAGAAGAUUUGCUCAUUUUUGGAUAGAUGACUGUCAAAAGCUGUUUCUUUUCUGUGCAGGAUUUUGGCCUGGACGUGGAUGCGUUUGAGAACAUGGUUGGUGAUUGUCCACCUGUGUUCUUUAGCCUUGCUGUCACCUGCUGUAAUGUGAGUGCACAUAUACACAAAGGCUUACACAGGCUGGAGGGUUGUUUUAAAGGUUGUCGCUGUGACUUUCACAAUUGUCUGACACCAUCAUUAGCUGACAGACUUUUCAGUGCCAAUUUCUUCUAAAUUGUCAUCACAGAAUUUUCCUUAAAGGAUAAGGAAUCUGUUGUCAGCGUGGGACAUUAUUUUGGCUUACAAGAAGUCUUCACCUCAAUCAUAGUACUUCCUGAAAGUAUGGUUACCUCAUAAUCUUUUGAAGCUCUCGUCUUUCACCUCAUCAUUUUCAGCCUUCACUGAUUGCUGUUGUGACUUUACAUUAAGUGACAAGUACAUCAUGUGUUAAGUAAAGGUGUUUUUCCAUGAGGUUAGUAGUCUGAGGUUUAAAAGCAAAUAACAGAGCUAAUCUCAGCAUAUCUUAAUACCCCACAAAACAACACAGACAACAGGCCAGAGGAAACAUUUAGCUAUUUUAAAGUAGUUUCUGGGGUUUGAAGUUUGGGUUACUCUGUGUAAAAUCAGCACUUGCAUUUGUCAGGAUCAUAGAAGCCAGUGGUUGGUGGAUAUAAAGAUACUCAUUUCUCAACAUCAGUAGUAUCUACCCUGUCAGUGAGUUUGUUUUAUUUUGCUUUCAGAUGAGUGCAGAGAGGCGUCCCUCGUUCCACGACAUUGUCUUCACACUGGAAGGCGUAGAGCGAGAAGAGGAGGGAGAAAAGCCUAUCGCACUGGGUAAAAAUGUCUCUGUAGGAAGCAUCUUUCUCAAAGCAGUGUUGGUGUGCAUGAAAAAGUGACCCCUCUCUGUUAUACUGAGGGCGGGAAUCACUGAGAACAAAAUGUGGCCACCAAAAGAGCCAAACAUUAUGCAUUAUUUGCCUCUGCUGUCUGCUUUGUCUUGUCUCUGCUUUGAGGUAGCCCGCAUUUCUGAAAUGCUUUCUCCUGAUGCUAUUCGAGAUAUUUAAGCAAAAAAACACAGACCAAGUUAUGCAGGUAUUUGCAAUUCGCUCUUGUGUUGCAUCUGACUAGGGAGAUAAACUGUCAGCUUCCCCAACUCUCUGCUGCACAGAGCCGUGCUGUUGUCUUGUUGCCACUCAGUCUUCAUACCCCUUGAACUUUUUCACAUUUUGUCACUUUACAACCACAAACUGAAAAUUAUUUUAUUGAGAUUUUUUUUUCAUAGACCAACACAAAGUAGCACAUAAUUGUGAAGUGGAAUGAAAAUGAUUCAUGGUUUUCAAAAAUUUAAACAAAUAAAAAUCUGAAAAGUGUGGUGUACAUUUGUAUUCAGCCCCCCUGUGUCAAUACUUUGUAGAGCCACCUUUCGCUGCAAUUACAGCUGCAAGUCUUUUGGGGUAUAUCUCUACAAGCUUUGCACAUAUAGAGACUAAAGUUUUUGCCCAUUGUUCUUUGCAAAAUAGCUCAAGCUCAGCCAGAUUGGAUGAAGAGCUUCUGUAAACAGCAAUUUUCAAGUCUUGUCACAGAUGCUCAAUGGGAUUUAGGUCUGGACUUUGACUUGGCCAUUCUAACACAUGAAUAUUCUUUGAUCUAAACCAUUCCAUUGUAGCUCUGGCUGUAUGUUUAGGGUCAUUGUCUUGCUGGAAGGUGAAUCUCUUUCCCAGUCUCAAGUCUUUUGCAGCCUCCAACAGGUUUUCUUCCAGGAUUUCCCUGUAUUUAGCUCCAUCCAUCCUCCCAUCAACUCUGACCAGCUUCCCUGUCCCUGCUGAAGAAAAGCAUCCCCACAGCAUGAGGCUGCCACCACCAUGUUUCACAGUGGGGAUGGUGUGUUCAGGGUGAUGAGCAGUGUUACUUUUCCACCACACAUAGUGCUUUGCAUUUAGGCCAGAAAGUUCAACUUUGGUCUCAUCUGACCAGAGCACCUUCUUCCACAUGUUUGCUGUGUCCCCUACAUGGCUUGUGGCAAACUGCAAACGGGACUUUUUAUGUCUUUCUGUCAACAAUGGCUUUCUUCUUGACACUCUUCCAUAAAGGCCAGAUUUGUGGAGUACACAACUUAUAGUUGUCCUGUGGACAGAUUCUCCCACCUGAGCUGUGGAUUUGUGCAGAUCCUCUAGAGUGACCAUGGGCCUCUUGGCUGCUUCUCUCAUCAGUGCUCUCCUUGGUCUCGGUCUGUUAGUUUAGGUGGACGGCCAUGUCUUGGUAGGUUAGCAGUUGUGGCAUAUUUCUUCCAUUUUUGGACGAUGGAUUGAACAGUGCUCCUUGAGAUGUUCAAAGCUUUGGAUAUAUAUUUUUUAUAACCUAACCCUGCUUUAAACUUCUCCACAACUUUUCCCCCUGACCUGUCUGGUGGGUUCCUUGGUCUUCAUGAUGCUCUUUGUUGACUAGUGUUCUCUAACAAAGCACUGAGGCCUUCAUAGAACAGUUGUAUUUAUGCUGAUACUAAAUUACACACAGGUGGACUCUAUUAACUAAUUAGGUGACUUCUGAAGGCAGUUGAUAGCACUGCAUUUUAUUUAGGGGUAUCAGAGUACAGGGGGGCUGAAUACAAAUGCACACCACACUUUUCAGAUUUUCGUUUGCUUACAUUUUUGAAAACCAUGUAUCAUUUUCAUUCCACUUUACAAUUAUGAGCUACUUUGUGUUGGUCUAUGACAAAAAAUCUCAAUAAAAUACUUUUAAGUUUGUGGUUGUAGAGUGACAAAAUGUGAAAAAGUUCAAGGGGUAUGAAUACUUUUUCAGUGCACUGUAUAAACAUACAGACAAUGAGCUGAAAGGAAAGGGGAAAUGUCAUAUUAUUUAAAGCAAUUACUUUUUUUCAGUUUAUGCCCAGCUUACUCUCUGGAGUCAACCAGUAGAGAAGAGCAUCUUUAUAAAUAAAAGAUAACUAGUUUAAGGCUAUCAUGAAUCAGCUGAUAUUGUGCUAUAGUAGUGCUAAUAGAGAUAAAUAAACAAAUCUUUACAUGUUCCUUGUUCUUCUCUUUUCCCCUCAGAACUCAUAGCAGUAGAUGUCAGUCCAUACCGGCGCCUCAGCUCUCCUUGUCAUCCCGGUGAUCGUGGCCAACAACGGCAAGGCUUGGCAAGAAGCCAGUCAGACAUGCUGCCGCCAACAACCCUGACCCCUCCUCUCCUUGGGACCCCAGCGAGAGUCAACCCCUUCUCUCUCCGACAGGACUUAAACGGGGGAAGGUGUAAACUGUUAGACACACCUAGCAAGUCUGUCAUCUCUCUGACUUUCACCCUUCCAGCACCCCGGGACCCGUGUGCCUCCCCCCACCUCCUGAGAGGGAUGCCAGGGACAAGAGCACCGCCAAGGAGAUGUCAAUCUCUUCCAUGUACUCCUGAGCUCAGCCGGACUGUAGCCUUGCCCAAAGACAAGGUAGAAAAUGAGGAAGACACAGGGGAGAAUCCCAGCACUAAGACAAUUACAAAUGGGACUGGGGAGGAUGAGGAAGACAACAUGAGGAAGAAAGUUCCAGAGCCAUUAGAAGACAUGGAAAACGAAAAGAAAGAAUUGUCAAAGGAGAAUGGUGGGAUGGGACAGGACUCUAGCCCUUCUGUUGGACUGGACAUGGUGUCUCUGGAGCGGUUGGAGGAGGAAGAAGAGGAUGAGGAAGUGGAGGAGAGUGUCUGUCUAACAGAGCCCAUGGACUGUUCCAAGUCUCCAGAGCCAGCAGACAGAGCCUUGGACUCCACACCUGGAAAAACCCUGCUCACCUCCACAUCCUGUUCCUCCUCCUUACAGACCAAUGGCUGGAGACUCCCCAUCUCCAAUGGGCCGCCCUCUUUGCCUCCUCUUCCACGACUGGACAACAACAAUGGAACAGCUGCUGUGAUUGGCCAGCCAGUGCAGUGGGGUAUUGGAGGAUGUGCGAAUGGUUACAACAAAGCCCAGGUCCUGUCCUCUGACCCUAUUGGUUCCUCUGAGCAGGAUGAGGUCAUUUCCUGUCCUGGCUGUUGUCUGGUUGGUCUGAGUUUCCCCUCGGUGUGCCUCCGUGGUUCAGCUGCCGUGCCUCCCCCUCGUCGAAGGGCAUCAUUACAACGACAGCGCCCCUUUCGGAACCUCAACGGUACUGUAACAGGUGGUGGCACUUCAUCAACAACAGCAGCCGCCACAGCAGCCAAAACUGUACUUUGUCACAGCACUAAAGGACUAGUGGUUGCUGGGCCCUCAGUGACAUGUGAGCCAGGACGGUCCCUGCCAGAGGCCCAGACAUAAGGCUGCUCGGAGUGUGCAUUGUUUAUCAGCCCUACAUGUUGUCGGACAACAAUGCUACUCAAAAUGUUGCUUUGUUAAUACUGAGAUCUUCAUCAUACCAACCCCUGCAUACGAGUACGUUCUCUCUGUGCAUUUACAGCACACAGUAGUUGUUGGUGAUUGAGUGCCACCUGGUGGACAGGAGGAUUAAACACAACAAAUCACUGUGACAGCAAAGAAGUGGUAAGAGGGUGAAGGCAGACAGAGAUCACCUAAACCAGAGAGGUUCAAACUGGAGCAGGAACCGACUCAGUACUUGUCAGAUGAAUCAGUUUGUCACGUCACUUGAGAAAGUGUGGCCAUCAGUUCAUUUGUUCCUGUCAUUCAGCUUGGACACUGAAACAUUCCCAGCUACCGUCUUUCUGUUAAAAGUUAAGCGGCCAUCAUUUCUAAAUAGCAGUUAAGCAGAUAAGAAUUUCAGAGCAAUAGAGAGUUCAAGUUUGCUGCAGCUCUGGUCCCCAAUCUGAGCAACAACACGGGAGACACACUGGUUUUUAAAAUGAAACUGCUAAAAACCAUUGGGUCUCUGCUGAAAACAAUACUGGAGGUUCAUUUGAAGGUCUAUAAAGUUCAUGGCCUGCUAUGCUAUUGCAUCUGUGUUGGUCUUUGUACAAAAAUGCAGCCAAAGCACAAAGUAUAAUGAUGCAACUGACAAAAUGUGAGUCGGUUCAGGGUCUUUUUGGGCUGAUAGUUGAAAUCAACAGAUGUUGAAGUUCAACACAGCUAGGGCCAGUAUCCCUGAGCCGGUCUGGAUCUCAAUGGAGCAGCUUGUCUGACUUCAAGUGCUGCACCCCUCAUCUGUACUGAACCAAAUCAAACUGAACUCAGUUUGCACUCAGUGGUGCUAAAUCCUGUUCCGGAGGCUGUCACAGGGGACAAGUGUUUGGGGCCAACUAAAUAAGCUCAUUUAUAGUCUAUUUGCAGUUUAUUACAACUCAGGUUGUAUGUGAGUUUUUUCUUUUUUUCUUGGGGCAAUGAGAACUUUAUUUUCAUAGAGUGAACUGCUGAGGUCCAUGAAUAUGUUGGUCUGGUUAGGGAUGGGCUGCUUUGAUAAAGGUGGACAGCAUAGUGACCAUCUAUUUCUUGCUAACAUCUAUGAUAGUUCAAACACAGACAGCCUGCUGUAACUUUGGCAUAAUUCCUUCACUUUGAAGGGCAGUGUUGUUCAGCCGGGCCCUGCACUGUCUAGAUGUGUUUAUUUGUGUGUGUUAAACACAGUCCAUAAAUAUUUGCUCGUACAGUAUAUCAGAAAGUAGAAGUAAAAUAGUGUUCAUUCCUGGUUAGUUUCCUAACUUGUUUGGAUGAAUUUUUCUGCCCAGUUUGGCCUAGCUCAAGAUUCGGACAGAACAAAGAGAUAUAAAAGAUUUGGCACUUACAAACGAAAGGUUAUAGAAAGAUGUGCUCUAAAUGAAUAUGAAAUAUAUUCAGUAGAGUGUGUUUGUUCGUGCCAGAGAUUAUGUGCUGGGAGGAGGAAAGAAACCUGUCAUGAUUUAAAGUUGUAGCUGGGGUGCUGCCAGAGCCCAAGAGUCAGAGAGAGCACAAACAAAUCCUCAAAGUCUAUCACCUGAAUUGCACCAGACAGCGGUGCAGCUCAUACAGCUGAUCACCUCCAGCUAGGGCAUGCCCCCAAGACUGGGACGACCCAAAGGCCAGGGAGAGGGGUUAUCACCACAGUUAGCUAGAAUCAGUACCAGGAUUUUGAUGAUAGAUGCCCAUUACUGUAGAGACCUUUCUGAUGCUGGUUUUGCUGGGGUAAGCUUGCUAAAAUAACUGUUAUUGUUGUGCUCUUUUGUUAAAGUUGAAAUAAUCUGCAAAACCAGUCUGCAAGACAAGACAACCAAAGUAUGCUUAAGUUUGAAUUUUUUUUUUUAAUGCAAGUUGAAAAUGCCACAUGGAUCUUAAUGCUGUGAGACUUAAGAACACAGUGAUGGACCAAAUAUGCACCUUUGUACUAAAAUUCACUUGUCUCUGUUGUUUGGCAUUUUCCUCUUGACAUUGACUAAGAAUGUAGAAAUAUUCUUUCCCUCUGUCUGAACACUGGCCCAGGUUCUGUAUGACAUUAACAGAAGAUGAUGCUUUUGAAUAGGGUUGAUUUCAGGCUGCACUGUGAGGCUGCAGGUUCAUGGACAUAUGUGAUUAAAGACACUUUUUGACUAUUUAACUGAUUCACUGGAGCUAAGUCUGGGAUAUUUAUACAAUAAUUGAAGAUGACCUACUUCUUACAUUUUUAUAGCAUUUGACAGGUUACGUGUGUGUAUGUGCGUGCAUGCGUGCGUAAGUGUGUGUUUGUGAAAGAGGCAGAAGAGAGCGAGAGACUGGUUUCUGUUGCUGGAAGAAACUCCCCCCUGAGCUCCUCAUUUAAACGUUUCAUUUUUGCACUUUUGUUUGGAGCACUUUGCAGCGUGACACCAGGCUUUUACUGGAUGGUGCUUUAUUCCAACCUGUGCUGCUGGUGAUUUAUGCGUGUGUGCUUCUGGACCAAUAGUAACACAGCUUUCAUUCUUUGACUUCCCUCACUUGUAUCUGCUGUAUGUUCAUGUACAUUCUGAUUACUCUGUUGUAAGUUAAAAACGUGGCAUGUGAAGCAGCUAUGAAUAUUUAUUGUACAGAUCAUUCCACACACUGUGUGUGUACAGUAUGUGCUUUUAAUUGACAGAUAGAGAUGGAUACUCGCAGGAUAACCGUUAUCUCAUUGUUUCUGAUGUUUAACCAUGGAUCUUGCUUCAUUUCUAGUUUUGUUCUGUUCUCACAGCUAGAAACCUGUGUGCAAUAAUCUGUAAUAAAAAUGGUUGUGCAUAAA